AAGUGUAUUUUGUGUGAUCAAGUGAAUUCAACUUAAAAUGGUUUUGUUUGCUGAAGACUGUAAGAUCGAUGCUCUGGUCAUUUUGAUUGGCGCUUUAACAUUUAUUUACUUUUUUCUCAAGCGAACUUAUUCGUAUUGGGAACGUAAAGGUUUUAAAACAUUGCCAAAUUAUAGUUACAUCUUUGGUCAUUUCAAAGAGACAUUGACACAGAAAGAAUUCGCCGGUGAUUGUGUAAAGAAACUUUAUGCGAGUACAAAUGAGCCUUUCAUUGGUAUUUAUAGUAUACUGAGGCCAAUAUUGUUGGUGCGUGAUCCAGAACUUAUGCGUUUGAUUUUAAUUAAGGAUUUUCCGUCUUUCACCGACCGCGAUGUUCAUUGCGACGAAGAAUAUGAUCCAUUGUCUGGCAUUUUAUUUUCAUUGCCCGGGCAAAAAUGGAAAAAUUUACGUGGAAAACUAUCUCCUGCAUUUAGUACCGGCAAAUUGAAGGCCAUGUUCUCCACUUUGCAUGAUUGUGGCUCCACUUUACAACAAUAUUUGGGGAAAAUAGCGGAUAAAGAGGAAAUUCUAUAUGUAAGAGACAUUGCUGCACGACAUACGACCAAUGUUAUUGCUUCGGUUGGAUUUGGAAUUGAUUGUGACACAAUUGGCAAUCCGAAUCAUGAUUUUCGUACGCAUGGACGCCAAAUUUUUGAAUCAACUUUCAUAAAUGCGGUGCGAUGGUUUUGUUUUUUCUUUGCACCAAGAUUGAUGCGAAUACUUCGCUUGAAAAUCGUCAAUUCAAAAGUUGAACACUUUCUCCAUUCAGUAGUUAAACAAAAUUUAGAAUAUCGUGAGAAAAAUGGUGUCGUUCGCAAAGACUACUUUCAAUUGCUGAUUCAAUUGCGAAAUACGGGAACCGUGCAGCUUGACGACGAAUGGCAAACAGUUAUUGCAGCCGAUGAGAACCAAAAGACGUUAUCAUUGAAUGAGAUAUGUUCACAAACAUUUAUGUUUUUCGCCGCUGGAUUUGAAACGUCAUCUACGACACUAUCAUUUUGCUUAUAUGAAUUGGCCAAAAAUCCCCACAUUCAACAAACUGUUCACGAUGAAAUUGAUCGCAUUUUGAAUAGAAACGAUGACAAAAUUACAUAUGAGUCGAUUUUUGAUAUGAAAUAUCUAGAAGUUUGUAUUGAUGAAACCUUACGAAAGUAUGCCACCCUGCCAAUACUAAAUCGAACUUGUGUAAAAAACUACCAGAUUCCCGGCACCGAUAAAGUGAUUGAAAAAGGCACUCAAGUUUUCAUCCCUGUUAUGGCUCUGCAUUGGGAUGAAAAGUACUUUGACGAUCCAGAGAAAUUCAUUCCAGAGAGAUUCAAUGAAGAAAAUUCGGUGGGAAAGAAUAUGAUAAAUCGGCCCUACUUGCCAUUUGGAGAAGGACCUCGAAAUUGUGUCGGAAUGAGACUUGGAAAAUUACAAAUAAAAGGCGCUCUCGUUAUGAUGCUACAAAAAUUUCGCUUCGAAUUGUCCGAUCACCACAAAAACAACGACAUUAAAUUCGAUCCAAAAAAUUUCUUGAUCACUUCACUUGGAGGCAUUCAUUUGCGUGUAUUCAAACGAUAAAUAGUAAUUCUCAUGAAAAGAAAGUAUUUUCAUUUUCAACUAAAUUG